UUGUAAGAAGCAGAUGGUAAUUUGCUGCGUAAGAUACGUAAUUUAAGAAUAGUAUGAGUGACGUGAUGUCUGCUGAGAAUAGCAGGCAAAUGUUUGUUUCGAUAGAGAACUCUGUAUAAGCGUACAAGUUUAAUAGCUGCCUGGACUCCAAAGGAACAACAUGUAUCGAAUGAUUGCUGUAAUUCUUAUCGUAUGCUUGUACUUCUCACCAAUGUAUCGAGCCAUUAAUAUCGAUGAUUGUGGCUCAAAAGUGGGAAAACUUACGUCUAUAACUUUAGACUGUGAUAUGACCAAAAGUGUAUGUGACUUAAUACCAGAUACGAAUGCAACAAUUCGAAUCGAUUUUACGCUCGAAAAAGAUGUUUCAAAAGUUAAUGCAAUUGUGCACGGUAUUGUAAUGGAUAUUCCUAUACCUUUCCCAUUACCAAAUGCAGAUGCUUGUCAAACUCCUGAUUCUGGUAUUACAUGUCCUUUAAAUAAGGAUGAAACUUAUCACUAUAAAAAUACAUUACCCGUGCAUAAAUCGUAUCCUAAGGUGAGUGUUACUGUAAAAUGGCAACUUAAAGAUGAAAAUAAUGAAGAUAUUAUUUGCGUGCUAAUUCCGGCUCGAAUUAAAUAGAUAUUAAAUGGGUAUUAUUGUUUCACAAUAUAUUAUAAUUAUUUUCAAAGAAGUAUAUAUUUUACAAAAAUUGUAUGAAAUAAAUACAAAGAGGACUAAAAAUGUCAAUUUUAUACAUUUCAUAAUAUGAAUUAUUUUAAUGUACAAAAUAUACAAGAAUUUCAUACAGUUUUUAUUGAAAUGAAUACAUGUAAAAUAAGAAUAUAUUAUAUUAUAACAAUAAA